GCUGACAGCAGUUGGGGUUUAAAACCUCGCUCAGUUACGGGGUCAAGCAGAAACGCCGUAAGAAUAUUAAUUUCUUUAAUAUUUUACUAGAUAUUUGAGAAAAAUAUUGGCCUAUCAAGUUUUUUGUUUCUGUUCUAUAUUAUGGCUGGCACAAACACAAAAGAAUGUACCAAUUUGAUGGAGAGUUUAAUUAAACCAAAGGAACUUAGUCGUUUUCGGGAAACAAAAGGACGGACCACCGAAAAGUUGAUUCCAUCUAAAAAACAGAAAUUGAAAUCGGAUCAGCGUUGUAAUGUACCGAAGAAGCUUUCCCGGAAAGAGAUCGCUAAAAUGGGCUUGUAUUCGCUCCCUGUGGACACCAUCCGAUAUGAACAAAUGCAGCCUCUUAAUCGGCUUUGGCGAGGAUAUAUGGCACGAUACUUGGGGAAGGAAAAGUUACCUGAUGAAUCCGACGCACAGUACAACCAAUUCACAUUAGAUUUUCUAAGAGCCGAUUUUCAUGGAGCUAAGAUGAGUGUAACGAGAGCGAAAAAUCCUAGCCUUGUUGGGAUUAAAGGCAUUGUGAUAUUGGAUACAAAAGGAACUUUCAAGUUCGUAUCUAAAGACAAUAAAGUGCGCACUAUUCCAAAAGCUGAUUCCGUCUUUCAGAUUAGUUGGAAUAACGUUGAUAUAACUGUUUUUGGGAAGCAUUUGAACUCGAGGCCCGCGGAAAGAUCAGUUAAAAAGAUAAAAACGUUUUUGGAAUGUGAUUUGAAUUAAUAAAAAAUACAAAUUUUCUUCAAGAACUACGCACUGAGUUUAGUUUACAUCAACUAGUAUAAUUUUGUAUUCUGUACCUGCAGUAAUUUUUGU